AUGGUUCGACGCAAGUUUGUGAUGAGCAAAAAAACUAGAAAAAGACAUUGUAUCGAUGGUGCCAAAGUAUCAAACCGCGAGCCCAAGGAUCCAAGUUUACGACAAAAAUUUGCUGAUCAUAUCGAGGUAAAUACUUCUGGCCUUCCACCAAAAGUUGACCUUCGUCCAUACAUGUCACCUAUUGGAGAGCAAUCAGCUAUUGGUAGUUGUGUAGGAGAUGCUUUUGCAGGAGCUUAUGAAUAUUUAUUAAAAAAAAGUGAUGGUCGUGAUAUUAAUAUUAGUCGGUUAUUCAUUUACUAUAAUGCUCGAGUUAAGGAUAAAAAAGAUUUGAACAUAGAUGAACCGCUCCACGAUAGCGGUUGUACCAACACAAGCGCUCUUGAAACAUUAAAAGAAUUUGGUGUUUGUGAAGAAGAAAUUUGGAAGCACGAUAAAAAAGUCAUAAAUAAACGUCCUUCAGAUGAAGCGUACGAAGCAGCUACAAGUAGAAAGAUACUUGAUGCAUUAGAAGUUAACACAGAUUUAACUGAAAUGAAAACAUGUCUUGCUCAAGGUUAUCCAUUUGUAUUUUCCUUGAGAGUGUUCAAUUCAUUUGAAAGAUUCUAUAGUAAAGGUAUUGUACCAAUGCCAACACCAGAAGAAAUAAAACAAGAAGAACCUGAAGGACAUGCAAUGUUAGCUGUUGGUUAUAGUGAUUGUUCGAAAUCGUUUAUCGUUCGAAAUUCUUGGGGAAAAGAAUGGGGUGAUGAAGGAUAUGCUUUUAUUCCAUAUGCUUACAUGGUUAAUCCGCAUUAUUGUUUGGAGGCAGUCGCUGUACGUCAAGUGGAUAGCAAUGAUUUGGGCCAUGACGGUUGGAAUCAAGAUGAUUCAAUUAAUUAUCACCCAGAUGAUGUUGAUCCAGAAGACGAUCACGAAGAUGAAUUUGAAAUUAUAGACGAGGAUGUAGACGACGAAUCAGAAGGAGAACAAGAGCAACAAGAAGAACAAGAAGAAGAAUAA